UACCACAGUACCGAUAGAGCAUACGCCGUGAACUACAGUGUGGUCAGGACAAGUGUCGAUAUUAGAUAUGAGCAGCUCUCUCGCGAACGUUAGCAUCGGAUCCUGUCCAGGAUAUCAUCGCAAGCAACCAGAAAGCCAUGGCGAUCGUUCACCUGACAAGCUUGUCGGUUGUGGCAGGUGCUGCUCUUAUCCUUGGCUUCCUUUACAAGUUUGUAAUUUAUCCUACUUUCUUGUCACCACUUUCAAAGAUCCCCACUGGUCACUGGUCAGCGCAUUUCUUGCCCUUCUGGAUCUUGCACCUUCGCCGCACCGACCAGGAGAAUGUGACCAUCCUCUGGCUUCAUGAGGAGAAAGGGCCGAUUUUGAGGUUGGGUCCGAACGAACUCAGCGUGAACGACUAUGCAGAGGGUCUGAAGAAGAUCUACCUGGGGGGCUGGAUCAAGAAUGACUUCUACGCGCAUCGUUUCACAAACUAUGAGACUACGCCCAUGUUCGCCAUGGUCCACGGCAAAGAACAUUCCGAGCGCAAACGUAUGCUAUCACACGUGUAUUCCAAAACUCAGGUUCUGUCCUCAGCCACCACUCGAGCAACGACCGAGGCGAUUUUAUACGAACGACUGCUGCCUAUAUUUCAAAACAGCUCGGAUACAGACUCUCCCGUCGAAGUCCUAGAACUGAACUAUGCGUAUGCAAUGGAUGCAUUCAUGGCCUUUCAAUUCGGACUGUCCCUUGCAAGCAACUUCAUUCAGGACGUUCAAAAACGCAAAUGGUACCUCAAUGACUUCUUCAGCCGACGGCCAUACCUCUUCUACAUCACCGAGACACCCAAGCUAUUAUCUCGUCUGGCGAAGGUGGGCGUCCACAUCGUUCCACAGUGGGUUGAUGCCGCUACCGAUGCUCUGGAGUCAUGGAAUUUAGAUAUCUGCGACCGUGCCGAGCAACUGCUUGCCCAAGGCCGUGAGAUCCCCGCCAUCGACUAUCCAGUCAUCUACGCUCAGGAGCGUGCCGCCAUGCGCAAAUCUUAUCCGGGGACGACCCGCCUGAACACCCCAAGGCCAGACCAAUUCUAUCCUUUUCGAUAUGAAAUUGCUUCAGACAUGUACGAUCACAAUGCCGCUGCUCACGAAACCAGCGGCGACACCUUGACGUACGUGUAUUAUGAGAUGUCGCGAAACCCGGUGCUGCAGAAGCGUCUGCGUGACGAGCUGCUCACUUUGGAUCCGCCUGUUGCCUUUCCAUUGGCCGACCCUGGCGACAUUACAUUACCCGAUUUCAAGGCUGUCGAAGGUCUCCCAUUGCUUGACGCCAUCCUAAUGGAAACACUACGGCUAUGGGUAGCCGUGCCGGGUGGACAGCCACGAUUGUCACCUUACCCCAGUUGCUCAAUUGCUGGUUAUGAUAACAUUCCGCCAAACACCAAAGUACAAUGCUACGCUUACGCUCUACAUCGAAACCCGAAAGUGUAUGAAGAACCCGAGGAGUGGAGACCAGAGCGGUGGCUUGAUGCUUCUGCUGAAAAGCUGACCGAAAUGCGCCGCUGGUUCUGGGCUUUUGGAAGUGGUGGCAGAAUGUGCAUCGGAAACAAUAUUGCUAUGCAUUGUGAGUCGGUCAUGGUCCCCUAAACCCUGGCGUCACAGAAGAAAAGACGAUGCUAACAAGGCUGUUCCAGCAAUGAAAAUGGCCAUCGCCGGUAUUUAUACGAAUUUCACAUCGGAGAUAUAUGAGCAUGGAGAU